AUGCCAAAGAAGAACUUGUCUCACGCCGAAUUCUGGGACGACUCCGCGCUCGUCUCAUCCUGGAAUGAGGCACUGGCAGAGUACAAGAAGUACCACAGCCUCGCCGCCAAAGGUGAGAAGGUUGAAUUAUUACUCGAACAAGCCAAGCAGGACGACCUUGGAACACAGGACCCAAUAGCGACUGAAGACGAAGCCCUUCCUCGAUCUGAAUCUAAAGUCAACGGCGAGGUGACAUCAGGAGCGGCCGCAGUCACUCAAGCAGCUCCUGUGGCUCAGCCACUGGCUCCUCAGAUAGGCACGGCUGCUAUACCACAGGCCUUGCUCGGUGCUGUUCAAGACGAAGGCAUGAAGAACCUCAUGAUGAGCUGGUAUUAUGCUGGAUACUACACUGGACUCUACGAGGGCAAGCAGCAGGCCCUUGCUAGUACGCAGUCUCAUGGAUGA